CUGGAGCUAAUGCUGGAGCUAAUGCUGGAGCUGGAGUUGGUACCGGUCUCGGAGGAUCAAUUGGUGCAGGAUACACAGGACAACUCGGUGCUGGAGCUGGAGUUGGUACCGGUUUCGGAGGAUCAAUUGGUGCAGGAUACACAGGACAAUUCGGGGCUGGAGCUGGAGUUGGCACCGGUCUCGGAGGAUCGAUUGGGGCUGGAGCAAACGCCGGAGCUAAUGCUGGAGCUGGAGUUGGUGCCGGUCUCGGAGGAUCAAUUGGUACAGGAUACACAGGACAACUCGGUGCUGGAGCAAACGCUGGAGCUAAUGCUGGAGCUAAUGCAGGAACUGGCGUUGGCUCCGGUGUCGGAGGACCAAUCGUCAUAGAAUACGGAGGACAACUUGGUACAGGAGCAAAUACUGGAGGUAAUGCUGGUGUUGGAGUUGGCUCCGGUCUCGGAGUGUCAAUUGGUACAGGAUACACAGGACAACUCGGUACUGGAGUUGGAGUUGGUACCGGUCUCGGAGGAUCUAUUGGUACAGGAUACACAGGACAACUCGGUGCUGGAGCAAACGCUGGAGCUAAUGCAGGAGCUAAUGCAGGAGCUGGAGUUAGUUCAGGUCUCGGAGGUCUACUAGGUCUGGGAGCCGGUGCAAAUGCUGGUGCAGGAGCCAAUGCGGGUGCUGGAGCUAGCACUGGGCUGGCUGGUGCAGGAGCCAAUGCUGGAGCUAAUGCUGGAGCGAAUGCUGGAGCUGGAGCAGGGAUUGGUGGAUCCGCAGGUGCUUCUGCUGGUGCUUCUGCUAGUGCAGGAGCCUAUUCAGGAGCAAAGAGAAUGAAACUAAUGGCAGCGUGA